AUGAAUGGAAAAUGGCAAGAGUUAUACCUCUCUACAAAAGUGGCCAUCGAAAUAUACCUGGAAACUAUAGGCCCAUUUCAAUUCUACCAACCAUUCUACCAACCAAUUCUACCAUUCGGACAACAACAUGAACAGCUUAGUUACAGCAAUAAAGAUUUUACAGGAAGGUAAAAAAUGUGAAGAGACCGGACCAUUGAAUGCUGUUAAAAGACAAAGUGCUAAUUCUCCAGUGACCAGAAAACAAUUCAAGCAGAGCAGUAUCUACUAGCGGUAUACAAACUCAGAAUCGCUACUCUAUUUUAAGUGAAACCGAUAACAAUGGCGAAGACACUUUAUCGAGCCAAAAGAGAUCUGAGAGUGGAAUAACUCCAGUUGCAAAGGACACCGUAAUUGUAACAGAAAACUCUGGAACGAAAACAGUAAAGACACGGAUUACAGGUCAUCAGAAAUUGUCCUUAUUGGGGAUUCCAUCAUUAAACAUAUUGACCAAAAAAAAGCUUGCAAAGAGGAAAGUGAGCAAAUACAUGUAUCCGGGGAAAUCUGCAGAAGACAUCGAAGCGGAACUUAGAACAAUCAAAGUCAAUUUGAUGCCCUCGCACAUAAUUAUUCACGCUGGGACAAAUAAUAUACCAGUCGAUUCAGCUGAGGUAUGUGUGAAGAAAAUUGAAAGCCUUGUUCUUAAAACUAAAUCCAAAUUUCCAGAUUCAAAAAUUGGAGUAUCUGGAAUCACGAUGAGACAAGAUAUCGAAGUGGGGCAAAAUAUCAAACAAGUCAACAAAAAACUAGAGGAUUUAUCUAAAAAUCAUAACAUCUCGUUUAUUGACAAUUCCAGCAUCAACAACACAUGUUUGAAUGGUGGUAAGCUGCAUUUUUAG